AUGGUCUUUGCUAAUUUUAAGGACGUAGCAAAGACCAUGGUAAAUCUGUCGAAAUCGGCGUUGAGCGUAAAGUUCUUCAUUAAGGAUCAUAAACCGGAGAUGCCACUUAGAGUGGUGAUCAAUGAGAAUGGCACUUGGCAGAAGGUAGUUUCCGUGUUUCUUCAAAAAGGUUUAAAUCAUGCAAUUUCAGAUAAGUCUUUGUCACUGAGAAAUUCGAGUGAGUUGAUCACGGUACUCGAAGGUCAUCAUGGAAAGGAAGGAGAUAUGUUGUCAAUGGACAUCAAGGAUCUUUAUUACUCAUUAGAGAAGAGUCGUCUGUUGGAAAGGGUAAAAGGGGUGCUUGAAAUGAAUUUGGUAAGGUUCCAAUCGCGGUCAGGCAUAUCGGUGGACAGUUUUCUUGCCGUUCUUGAUUAUUACUUGCAGUCAACAAUAGUAGAGUAUCAAGGAAAAAAGUAUUUACAGAAAGAGGGAGUAUGCAUUGGGUCGAGUGUAGCACCGGCGUUAGCGGAAAUUUACCUAAAUUCUUUGGAUUGCAUUGUAUCUGAUAAGUUGCAAGAACUGACGUCCGAAUCCUGUUUUGUGAAAAGAUAUGUCGAUGACAUUUUGAUCUGUUCUUUUCGGGAGGGAUUGUCUGACACUCUGGAAGCAUUGAUCAGAUCGGCUGCCCCGGAACUGAGGUUUACAGUCGAACGACCCAUGAAUGGUAAACUGCAGUUUUUAGAGCUUAUGAUUCACAAUGAAAAAGGGCUAUGUUGGGAAUAUGGAAAAGAAAACGCAAAACCGCUGCUAUCAAAAAACAGUUGCCAUUCAAAAACAGUCAAAGCAGGUAUUGUCAGGUCUUUAAUCACAAAUGCAAUGGACAGAUCAUGUACUCAUUUCUUGGCUGAAUCAGUGAAAAGGCAGUGGAGAAGGCUAAACAGUGCUGGUUAUCAGGAUGAAUUCGUAGGGAAACAGUUAUCCGUAAAAUUCGCAGACAAAUGUAGAGCAGAACCAAAGCAAAGGCCAAAACAUAGAACUACUGUAAUUCCGUACUAUCACAAAAUUUCUCACAACUUGAAGGCUUGUGCAAAAAAGUUCGAUGUUGAUCUCGUUUUUAGUUCCGACUAUAAAUUGAGUAAGCUCACGCCCUUCCACAAGAGUGUAAGGGAAUGCACAAAAAUGCAUCGAGAAAAGUCUAUUCCGUGUGAUAAUGGAGUGGUAUACGAAAUUCCCCUAGAAUGUGGUUUUAAGUAUGUGGGUCAAACGUCGAGGUGUAUAAAUGAUAGAUUGACUGAACACAAAAGAAAUGUAAAAAACAACGCGACUGAUUCGGAAAUAGCGAAACAUGUUCAAGAAUGUAAUAAUUGUAUACCACGCUGGUCCGAAACAGAAAUAAUACACAGGGAAGUAAACGACAUCAAAAGGGUUGUAAAGGAAACAAUAAGAAUGAAAUCAAUGGGCAACUGCAUUAGUCAAGUGUCGUUACAGCUUAGCAGCAGUGCAAAAACCUUCUUGCGGAUUUGA